CCAGUAUAUAAAACUCCAUAACCUUCCAAUUCAAUUAUCUCUGCAUGUUCGCUUUUUCUCUGCCAAAUUCCUUUCUCUCUUUCUCUCUGUGGAUCUGAAAUCUGAUGGAAGGCCAAAAGCAGGAAGAAUAUUCGGUUACAAUACCUCUACUACUUGCCAGUGACAAGGAAACAAAGGCGGAGGACCACCAAAUCGCCGCCGCCGCCGCCACCACCGGAACUUCCUCCUUCUUCAACACAUGUUUCAACGGUCUCAAUGCUCUAUCAGGAGUUGGAAUUCUAUCAGUCCCAUAUGCAUUAGCAUCUGGAGGGUGGUUGAGUUUGCUACUGCUAUUCACAAUAGCAAUCUCAACCUUUUACACAGGAUUACUGAUCCAACGAUGCAUGGACACAGACCCCACAAUAAAAUCAUACCCCGACAUCGGCCACAGAGCAUUCGGUAAAACCGGUAGAAUCAUCGUAUCAGUAACCAUGAACAUCGAACUCUACUUAGUCGCCACUGGCUUCCUAAUUCUAGAAGGAGAUAAUUUAAGCAAUUUAUUACCCGAAAUGGGGUUAGAGUUUUAUGGGAUUAAUGUAAGUGGGAAGAAAAGCUUUGUUGUUAUUGUUGCAGCAAUUAUUCUUCCAACAAUUUGGUUGAAUAGUAUGAGCAUUCUUUCGUAUAUAUCAGCAAGUGGGGUUUUGGCUUCUUUGAUUAUUCUAGGAUCGAUUUUGUGGGUUGGUGAGUUUGAUGGAGUUGGGUUUGAGGAAAAGGGUAAAAUGGUAAAUUGGAAAGGAAUGCCUUCGGCUAUUAGUUUGUAUGCGUUUUGCUAUUGCGCUCAUCCGGUUUUUCCUACUUUGUAUACUUCCAUGAGAGACCAACGUCAGUUCAAAAAGGUUUUACUACUAUGUUUCAUCUUUUGCACGAUUACUUACUCCUCAAUGGCAAUUUUGGGUUACCUUAUGUUUGGUUCAAAUCUAAACUCACAAAUCACAUUAAACCUCCCCACCCACAAAUUAAGUUCAAGAAUCGCCAUUUGUACAACUCUCGUAAACCCAAUUGCAAAAUACGCACUCAUGGUGACACCAAUCGUCGACACUCUCGAAGAACGAUUUCUAUCUUUUUACAACACGAGAAAAUUCAGCCUCUUGAUUCGAACAUCACUGGUAAUAAGCACAGUAAUCGUCGCCCUGUCUCUCCCGUUCUUCGGAUACUUGAUGUCACUGGUCGGAGCUUUUUUAAGUGUCACAGCGUCGAUUAUACUCCCGUGUUUGUGUUACUUGAAGAUUUCAGGGAGUUACCGGAGAUUUGGAUUUGAGUCGGUGGGUAUUGGAUUUAUUGUGGUGAUUGGGGUUGUGGUGGCGGUUGUUGGGACUUACACGGCGGUGGUGGAUAUAGUGAGGGAGAUGUGAUUUUGAUAGGUGGGGGAUAUUAUUCGAUUCUUUUAAAGAAGUUUCUUUAUGGCAUUUCGUCGAAUAGUUUGUGGGCAUCAACGAUAGUUUUCCAGUUGAAGUGGAAGUAUUAGAGUGUAGAAUUACAACGGAAAAACAUUGGUUAUUGAAGAAUAGGAAGAUGAUAGCGAAUCACAGAUGCAGGUGGUAUUUGGAUCGGGAGAAGUUACGGUGGUCAACGACGGUCAACGGUGUGGUCUCAGUAACGUGCAUCGUCGGAAACCUAAUUCUAUUGUUUUGUGCUAUCUGUUUCAAUUUUUUUUUGGUUUAUACUUUGUUGGUUAUUAAUGCACUG